GGCCUGUGCAAUGUUGUGAGCAAUUUUUACAGCAUCAUGACAUUUAUUUGGAGUCUGUGGCUCAAGUGGUUUGAAAGCGCGAAUAUCCAACUUCAAACAGUUUUUACCUCGGUUGAUUUGGGUUCGCUAAAAAUGAGAAGACUUGAUAGAUACGUGAUAGAACGGUUCGUCCUAUCUGUGAUCCUUGGGACGUCCCUACUUCUUUGAAGUUGACAUUUAAAACGGUUAGGUUCAGGGUUGGGACGUCCCAAGGAUUCAUUAAAUUAAAUAUAGCAGUUAAUUAUAGGGGCCUACCGGUAUAUAUUUUUUUGUUGACAGGGAGGGAAAAUGUAAGAGUUAAACGUAUUGAUUGGUCUGAACUUAAAUACCGAAGAUGUGGGAAAUAAUUUCACAUUUGCAAGUGGUUCCAUGGCGUAUGACGUAGCUCAGAGCAGAUCCAGGAUCACUUUGCGAAAGAUGGCGGCGUUGGUUGCAGUCCCUCGCCUCGCCGCGUUUGGUAACUUUUCAUCAAGACCCAUUUCAGUAUUUGCGAUACGACAGAGGUCGCUACACCACAUUGUUAAAAGCGACAAUGCUACAAGUGUGGUUCCAGUCAGAGAGAAAAGCACAGCGGUGGCUGCUGCCAAGCCCGCUGCAGUAGCAAGCAGCAAGGGAGAAUAUGUCAUCACUAAACUGGAUGAUCUGGUGAACUGGGCACGCAGAAGCUCCCUGUGGCCCAUGACCUUUGGCCUGGCAUGCUGUGCGAUUGAGAUGAUGCACAUGGCGGCUCCUCGAUACGACAUGGACCGGUUCGGAGUGGUGUUCAGAGCCAGCCCCAGACAGGCUGACGUCAUGAUUGUGGCAGGCACCUUGACCAACUAGAUGGCCCCCGCUCUGCGCAAGGUUUAUGACCAGAUGCUUGAGCCAAGAUAUGUAAUUUCCAUGGGCAGCUGUGCCAAUGGGGGUGGCUACUACCACUACUCUUAUGCCGUGGUCCGAGGGUGUGACCGCAUUGUACCAGUGGACAUAUACGUUCCAGGCUGCCCACCCACAGCAGAGGCCCUUCUCUACGGGACGCUACAGUUGCAAAAGAAAAUAAAGCGAGAGAAGAAAAUGAGGAUUUGGUAUCGCAAAUGAAAUUAUGUACGUCUGGCAGGAAUCAUUCUGGGUUGAGCUCUGGCUCCUCUCUAGAAACAAUAAAGGAAUUUCUUGUCAUUUGUAUCACUGUUCCUGGCUUUGCACAGAUUAUGAUACUGGCAGGGACUUAACUAAAUUGAUCAAUAAUCAUUUUAACUGAGCAUUUUAAACAUUUAUGGUCAUUACUAUGUAGAUGGAAGUCACCUCAGGUUUCUUUAGUAGUCCAUUAGUUUUUGUAAUGUAUGUUGGUGUACUUUUUUGUUUGAAGACUUUCUAUGUGUGUAUAUUCUGAACCAGUAGAUGGUGCACUUGGCACCCCAAAGGAUUCUGAGUUUAGACAUUUACUUAUAUUAGCUCUGGGUCUACCAAAGAGAGAGUAGAGUCCUUUUUUGAACUACUCCUAAAUGUUUCCUUUUUUCCUUGAAGUAAUCACUGACCUGACAUUGAAUUGGUGUAAGAAUGCUUUCCUUUUGCAUUGCUUUGACCAAUUAUGUCAGAUCAGUGUUUACUUAGAGUAAAUGAGGAUGGAUACAAUUUACGACUAUUGUCUCAGGGCCAGUCUUUGGUUCUACUCACCAACACUCAAUCCCAAAUUGACCCCGGCCCUGUAUGCACUUGUGUACAUCUUAGACAAUUGCCUACCAGGAAGCAGGGUGUAGCUGUUCAUAUUUUAUAGGAAAGUUGAUAGGUGUAAACCGUUUUAACAUUUUAUUUGCACAAAGACGCUCCCUUUGUGUGAUUUGUCACUAUAAAUUACAUCCAAUCUACAUUUAAAAUAUAUAAAACACCCUCUAAUUCUGCAAGAAAUUUAGCAUGUAUCAUGAAUACAAUUGAUGUGUUUUCAGUAACUCAUCUCACCAGGCUUAAGGAUUUGUGACCCAAUAGUAAAUGUGUAUAGAUUGAGUUAAAUUCUUGUGAGAGAUCUGCUAUGACGGUUGGCCAAUAUUCAAAGGUCCUACGGUUCUUUAUUUUUUAUUUUUUUUUAACUUCAUAGUUUGAGGUUAGAUAUGACUAACACUUAUCUACCAGCUGCAAUGAGAUCGGCAAUGUGCCAUGACAACUUAUCAAUUAAUGAUUAACAAGUUCUAACCAGAUAGGGACUUUUUACAUUCUUUUCUUUAAGCUCCCAUGCAGUCUGUUUAAAUCACUGUAUGUAUAAUAAAUGACUAUUUAAUUAAAAUAAAUGAUUUUGUUGAGA